GACUAUAAUACUGGAGUACGUGUCCAACAUUUCCUUUCGGGAGGAUUUUAGUUUGUACAAUUCUUUGCGUUAGAUUUUAUACCGUAAUUUGGGACAGGUAGCUAGAGCGUCGUUUAUGAUUAGUUGGAUUAGAAGAAACAAAAUGAAGGUGUUCGUAGGUUUUGCAUGUGUUGCUGUGUUAAUCGUUUUUUUCAUGUUCCCUAAUGAAAUUGAUGCGAAAAAAGGACCUCUCAUCACGGACAAGGUCACCUUCAAAAUUUCUAUUGGAGGUAAGGAACAAGGUGAAAUCGUCAUUGGAUUAUUCGGAAAGACUGUACCAAAAACUACAAAAAACUUUGUGGGAUUAGCUAAAAGAGAGAAAGGAGAAGGGUACAAAGGAUCGAAAUUUCACAGAGUAAUCAAAGAUUUUAUGAUACAAGGAGGUGAUUUUACAAAGGGUGAUGGCACUGGAGGUAAAAGUAUUUAUGGAGAUAAGUUUGAGGAUGAAAACUUCAAAUUGAAACAUUAUGGACCUGGAUGGUUGAGCAUGGCUAAUGCAGGACGUGAUACAAACGGGUCUCAGUUCUUCCUCACUACAGCGAAAACGUCCUGGCUUGAUGGAAAGCAUGUUGUCUUUGGUAAAGUUAUUUCUGGAAUGGAUGUUGUCAAGGCAAUUGAGCGUGUAAAAACUGAUAGCAGAGAUCGACCCGUAGACGAUUGUGAGAUUGUUGAUGCUAGUCAUGAAGAAGUCAAGGAGCCAUUUGCUGUUGCUAAAGAAGGAUCAAAGUAGGGGGGUAGUUUUCACACUUCCUUCUAUAAAGAAGCAUGAACUAACUUUUUUGACAUAAAAAUGGUCAUUGAAAGGUUGUUCCAUGGAUCUAUCAGUUCAAUAUUUCUGUUGCCCAAAGGUACUUUUUCCAAAUUGAUGAAUCACAUUUGAAGCAUAGUGCUAUUCCAGUUAAUUCAGUUUUG